CACAAACCCCACCCCCACCUGGCGUCGCUGGCCCCCACGUUCACCCACUUACAACCCCCACGGUCAAUAUCGCGGGGUUGUUCGCCAAUGAGAAGCGCGGCGUCUCUUGUGCCGCUGCUGGUCCUGCUCGGUUUAAUCGCGCUGAAUGUGCCUUCUUUUGCAGUCUUCAUCAUACAAAGCUGAGCUGCGGAAAGAUAAUCAAAUCAUGACACAGGACAUCCUCUUCUCUAAUGCCACCAUUGUCACCGGCGAUGAGGGGCAGGCGCCCUCUGCUGGCGAUGUGCUAGUGUCUAAUGGACUGAUUGCCCGCAUUGCUGAGCCCGGCACCAUCGAAGGCCAAGAUGCAACACGACGUAUUGAUGCUACGGGCCUGUUCCUUUCCCCUGGAUUUAUCGAUAUGCAUGCGCACUCGGACUUGUACCUGCUGAGCAAUCCAGACCACGAGGCGAAGAUCACACAGGGUUGCACUACGGAACUGAUAGGACAAGAUGGUAUUGCCUACUCGCCGGUCCGAUCUACGGAGGAGCUCAAGUCCAUUCGUGCACAGAUUGCAGGAUGGAACGGCAACCCCUCUGACGAAGAAUGCCAGACGACGCUCAAGCAUGUUGGCAUGUUUGAAUGGCGCACCGUGGGCGAGUACCUGGACUGUCUCGAACGCAACAAGACGGCCACCAAUGUCGCCAUGCUGGUUCCCCAGGGCAAUCUCCGGCUCCUUGCAUGCGGGCCGUACGAUAACGUAGCUACUGCCGAUGAAAUUCAGGACCAGAUUCAGCUGCUCAAGGAGGCCAUGAGUCAGGGUGCUGUCGGCAUGUCUAGUGGGUUGACCUAUACGCCUGGCAUGUACGCGUCCACUGAGGAACUUGCUGCGCUGUGCCAGGCGUUGCGCGAUGACUUCCCAGGCGCAUUCUACUCUCCUCACCAUCGUAGCUACGGGCACAAUGCCUUGGGUGCGUAUGAGGAGAUGAUUGAAUUGGGCAAGUCCACGGGCUGCCCUAUUCACCUCACACAUGCCACGAUGAACUUUGCCGAAAAUAAGGGAAAAGCAGGUGUCCUACUAGACAUGAUAGACGAUGCUUUGAAGCAGGAAAUUGACGUCACGCUUGAUACGUACCCCUAUCUCCCCGGCAGCACGACACUCGCUGCUUUGCUACCAAGCUGGGCCUCUUCCGGCGGACCAUCAGAGACCCUCAAGCGUCUAGAAGACGACGAUACGCGAGAACUAAUACGCGUAGCCGUAGAAGAGACUGGCUGUGACGGUGGCCAUGGCAUCCCCACCAACUGGGACGAAAUCCAGGUUGGCACAGCCAAGCACCCCGACUUGGAGGCAUACUCUGGGCGCCGGAUCAGCGAGAUUGCCUCGGCAAGUGGCAAGACAGCAGCCGAAGUGUACUUUGAGAUUCUACGCAAGGACAAGCUGGCGACAAGCUGCUUGAUGCACGUGGGCCACGAGGAGAACGUACAGCAGAUUAUGCAGCACCGCAUGCACAUGAGCGGGAGUGACGGAAUCCUGCACGGAAAGUCGCUGCAUCCACGAGCUUACGGCACCUUUACCCGAUACCUAGGCCACUAUGCUCGCGACUUGGGCUUGUUUUCCAUCCCAGAGAUUGUUGCACACAUGACAUCUCGACCAGCUAAGCGGCUGGGCAUCUACCCGUUCCGAGGCAAGAUUACACAAGGUUCGGCAGCGGACUUGGUGCUCUUUGACCCCGAGACGGUCAAGGACCUUGCCACCUUCGAGCAGCCCAAGACGCCGAGCCGGGGCAUCUCGUACGUGCUGGUCAACGGCGAGAUUGCUGUCGAUCAGGGCAAGAUGACGGGGGCUAGAGGCGGCAAGAUCAUCCGCAGACGGGCUGACGGAAGUGUAGGAACGGCGUAGAUGGAGCGAGCGGGCGGGUUAAGCCAGUGAUCCCACGUGCCAUGCCUUCGUAGAGACAAAGACAGAGACACACUUACAGGAUAGAGAAGAACCUCCGCAGUAUCUGAAUGGUCAUAGCGUAACGGGCUUUGUGCCUUAUCCCCGUGAUGGCUGGAUUGUGGGAUGAAGAAGAAAGGGGUAUCCGUGCGAGAUAGAUCUUUCUUCCCGCCUCAGUGAACUCGGGCCAGCGGGGAUAUCUGUUCCCUGGAAGUGGGAGGGGCCAGGAGGCAGUCGGCACCGAUCUGUCGGCUGUCGUCAGCGUUCGGGCAGACUCGAGGGGCGUGUACCGGGAUUUGGUGGCGGCAAGGGUGUUCUUGUUCUAGUUAUUGCUAUUGUCGGUCCUGGAGGGGGGUGUGGUUGCAACGUAUCAGCAGCGGCAGUCAGCGUAAAAGGCGGAGCAGCCAUCGUUUGGGGCGUUUCCUUUACAAGCGAUGAGCUAGAUGGGACUGGGUUAGCGUGUAAGAGAGGAGGCUUUGCGGGGUUUCUCUUUUUCUGGGCAGUGUGUAUAACGCAACGUGUGUUUUGGUGGAGGAGUGUUGAUGGCGUCGUUGGGGGGUUGGUUGCUCUCGGAUACAUUUUGGUCUCUAGCAAACAUCUUUGUAGUUGGUUAGCCUGAAAUUUCACACGAUCCAUUGCUGUUCUGGA